AUGAAGUCUGGCAGGGACCGUGAUAGGAUCGCUGCGGCGGAGCGCAUCAUUGCCUUCGAGAUGGAGGGCGCUGGUGUUUGGGAUAUUUUCCCGUGCAUCGUAAUCAAAGGCGCCUGUGACUACGCCGAUAGCCACAAGAGCAAGGUCUGGCAGCGAUAUGCUGCGGCUACGGCGUCAGCUUGUGCGAAGGCUUUGCUUAGCUUUUGGGUGCCUUCGUUGGCUCAAGAAAACAUCUCAUGCCCAGCUUCAAACUUGGAGAGCACCUUCUCACUCCAGAAUCAAGGCUAUCCGGACCAGAAUAAAACUGUGCGUUCUACCGAUGAGCCUCAAAAUAAGCCUGUAUUUCUGGUUCCGUUUUCUGAGAAUAAACUCUUCGUGGGUCGAAAGAGUAUCCUUGCGACACUUCAGAGCUUGCUCUUCAAGAAAGAGCAGCGCAAAGUUGCUCUCGUCGGCCUUGGGGGCGUUGGCAAAACUCAGGCUGCUUUGCACCUUGCUUACUGGGUCAAGAAGACCAAGCCAGACUACUCUGUGUUUUGGAUGCCGGCACUCAGCCAUGCCAGCUUUGAGCAAGCGUGCAUGCAGAUUGCAAGGGCCUGUGGUAUUCAAACUACCGACGGCGAGGAUGCAAAAGAAUCUGUCUUUCAGUAUCUGAGCUCAAAACGUGCGGGUAAAUGGCUCCUAGUAGUCGACAACGCUGAUGACGCACAAACUGUCAUAGGUUCAGCGGAUGUGGAAGACGGCAUCUACCGGUUUCUCCCUAAGAGCGACGAAGGCCGAAUCCUAUUCACUACGCGAGACCGAAAAGUGGCAGUGUCAGUUGCGAGGCAGAACAUACUUCAGGUGCCUGAGAUGAGUCCUGCCGAAGCGAAGAGCUACCUGAAACGGGCAUUGAUUCUGAAAGACCUUCUCGAAGACGAUCAGGCCGUGAGGGAUCUACUGGCACUACUGACGUAUCUUCCGUUGGCAAUCACGCAAGUAGCUGCAUACUUGAACGAGAACCAGAUACCGAUUGCGGAGUAUCUAGAUCUCUUUAAAAAUACUGAUCGUGACAGAAUGGAACUGAUGAGCGCCGAGUUCCAAGAUGACACGAGAUAUGAGCAGUCUCAAGAUCCCGUAGCCACUACCUGGUUCAUUUCGUUUCACCAAAUCAGGAAAGCUGACAAAUUCGCCUCAUGCAUUCUCAUGUUUUUGGCCUGCGUCGAGCCGAAGGCCGUACCCCGGUCGAUGUUACCUGGCGGUGAAUCACGGCAGCAACUGACUCGAGCAAUCGGUACGCUGUGCGGUUAUGGGUUCUUGAGCAGACGCGGGACCAGCGAGAUGUUUGACAUGCAUAGCUUAGUGCAUCUGGCAACAACGUCAUGGGUUACAGAGCAUGACUCCGAGAAAGAGCAAAAACGAUCAGCGGUGGCACGUCUGGCUGAGGUGUUUCCGACUGAUGAUUGGGAGAACCGUGAUAUAUGGCGACAGUAUCUCCCACACGCAAUUAGGCUGCUCAGUACGUCAGAGGAUAUUGAGAGCGAAGGGUUAUGCGAACUAGGUUAUUGGGUUGGCCGGUGCUUGCUUAUCGAUGGACGUGUGGCAGAGGCGGUGGCGACAUUGAAGGAUACGGUUGCGGCUGAGAAGACGGCAUUGGCGGAGAAUCACCCAGAUCGACUAGCAUCGCAGCAUGCUCUCGCAGGAGCAUACCAAGCCAACGGCCAGGUCAAGGAGGCAAUGGAACUGCUAGAGCAUGUGGUUACGAUACAAGACGCCACGUUAGCAGAGAAUCACCCACACCAAUUGAUAGCACAGCACGAACUCGCACGAGCAUACCGAGCCAAUGGCCAGACAGAGAAGGCAGUGGAACUGCUAGAGCAUGUGGUUGCGAUCAGGGAGACAAUAGUGGCGGCGAAUCAUCCAUCUCGACUGGCAUCACAGAACGAGCUCGCGCGAGCAUACCAAGCCAACGGCCAGGUCAAAGAGGCAAUAGAAUUGCUAGAGCGUGUGGUGGCGAUUGAGGAGACGACAUUGGCGGAGGAUCACCCGUCUCGACUAGCAUCACAGAACGCUCUUGCACGAGCAUACCAAGCCGACGGUCAGAUUAAAAAGGCGGUAGAACUGCUGGAACAUGUAGUUGCGAUUGAGGAGACGAUAGUAGCGGAGGAUCACCCAUCUCGACUAGCAUCGCAGCAUAACCUCGCAGGAGCAUACCAAGCUGACGGUCAGAUUAAAAAGGCAAUAGAGCUACUAGAGCAUGUGGUUGUGAUCAGGGAGACGAUGGCGGCAGAGGAUCACCCAUCUCGACUAGCAUCACAGAACGCUCUUACACGAGCAUACGAAGCCGACGGUCAGAUUAAAAAGGCGGCAGAACUGCUAGAGAAUGUGGUUGCGAUAAAGAAUGGAAACGAUGGCGGAAACUUAUCCUAG